AUGUUGAAGAAUACUUGGAUCUUAAAUUUCUCACUGUUCAUUCUCCAAAUCUUCACAUCUUCAAAAGCAUUGGAUGUUACUCAAUAUGGAGCGAUUGGAGAUGGAGUUACAGAUGAUUCACAGGCAUUCUUGAGAGCUUGGGAAGCUGUGUGUAGUGGGAUAGGAGAUGAGAAGCUUAUCGUUCCGGCAGGGAUGACAUUUAUGUUACAACCCUUGAAGUUUCAAGGUUCUUGCAAAUCGACCCCUAUUUUUGUUCAGAUUUUGGGCAAUCUGGUUGCAUCGAGUAGAGGGAAAUGGAAAGGAGACAAAGAUCAAUGGAUUCUUUUCGCAGACAUCGAAGGACUUGUGGUUGAAGGUAACGGCGAAAUCAAUGGCCAAGGUUCGAGCUGGUGGGAACACAGUUCUAGACCAACCGCCUUGAAGUUCAAGAGCUGCAACAACCUUAGAUUGAGUGGAUUAACGCACAUAGAUAGUCCAAUGGCUCACAUUCAUAUAAACGGUUGCAACGGUGUAACCAUAUCAAAUCUCCGGAUAAAUGCGCCGGAAUCAAGUCCUAAUACUGACGGAAUCGACAUCGCUGCUUCAACCAAUGUCAUCAUCCAGGAUUGCGUAAUCGGCACCGGUGACGAUUGCAUUGCGAUUAACUCGGGGACGGCUAAUAUCAGAAUUUCCGGUAUAGAUUGCGGACCAGGCCAUGGAAUAAGCAUAGGAAGCUUGGGAAAAGAUGGAGAGACUGCUUCAGUGGAGAAUGUAUGUGUCCAAAACUGUAACUUUAGAGGAACUACUAAUGGAGCUCGAAUCAAAACCUGGCCGGGAGGAUCAGGUUACGCAAGAAUGAUUACUUUCCAUGGAAUUACGCUAGAUAAUGUCGAAAAUCCGAUUAUAAUCGAUCAACACUACAACGGCGGAGAUUCUGAUAAAACCAAAGAUGAUAAGUCAUCGGCCGUGGAAGUGAGCAAAGUUGUGUAUAGUAAUUUCGUGGGGACGUCGAAGUCAGAGUACGGUGUUGACUUCCGGUGCAGCGAGAGAGUACCAUGCACAGAGAUUUUUAUGCGAGACGUGAGAAUAGAAACAGCAUCAUCAGGAUCAGGACAAGUCGCACAAGGACAGUGUUUAAACGUGAGAGGUGUGUCCACACUUGCAGUACCAGGUCUAGAGUGUUUAGCUCUUUCCACUGAUAUGUUUUCAGUACCCGAAUCGUCGGAACAAACUUGUAUGUUGCCACAAUCAGUGCAACCAAAUACACUACCGAUACAACAAGAACCAUUAUGGGUUUAUGCAAGCGGAGGAAAACGACUCAGAGUUUACAAUGCUUCACAGUUUUGUAGAAUGGCGAAGCGACCCCAGAUCUUACCGGACAUAGAGAACGGACCACCCUUGCAACGACCGGAGUUUCUUCUACCAAUUCCCGAGCCAUGGUACGCGUGGCUAGUACCGCUUAUUUUGGUAGCUAACUUUGUCACAUUUGUCAGCACAAUGUAUGUGAACGAUUGUCCAUCGAGAUCGAAAGAUUGUGUCUUAUUCAAUAUCCUUGGAAGGCUUUCUUUUCAACCCCUCAAGGAGAAUCUUCUUCUUGGCCCUUCCCUUUCCACGCUAAGAAAACUAGGAGCUCUUGAAAAGAGACGAGUUCAAGCUGGUGAUAAAUGGCGGAUAGUCUCUUGCAUAUGGCUACAUGGAGGACUCCUUCAUUUGAUUGUCAACAUGAUCAGCCUCCUUUGCAUCGGAAUGCGCCUCGAACAAGAAUUUGGGUUCUUGAGAAUAGGAACAUUGUACAUGAUUUCCGGUAUUGGUGGAAGCAUUGUGUCUUGCUUGAUGGAUAUUCGAGGCGAGCGCAUAUCAGUGGGAGCAUCGGGCGCUUUGUUUGGAUUACUCGGUGCUAUGCUCUCGGAAUUGAUCACAAACUGGUCAAUCUAUGAGGACAAGUGCACAUCACUCAUGACAUUGAUUCUGAUCACUUUACUGAAUGUAACCGUUGGAUUCUUACCACAUGUGGACGACUCUGCUCAUGGUGGCGGAUUCCUAGCCGGUUUCUUCCUCGGGUUCGUCCUUCUUCUUCGACCGCAAUACGGUUACGUAAGCUCCAAAUGCAUUCCUCCUGGAUUUAUUGUGAAACACAAGAAAUCUAAGCACAAAUGUUAUCAACACUUCUUGAGGUUCUUAUCUGUAGCCAUCCUUCUCGCCGGGUCGCCAAUGAGGCCUAUCACCGCGGUUAGGAUGAGUAUAAUAGAAGAGUGGCAGCAGAAAAAAAAGGGUUACAAGAAUUGCCGAGGGCGUCACACCGCAGUUUUCCUCCCCAGCACUGUAGUUUACCACAGAUCGAAAGAAAAAGGCCCUUAA